AUGGUUGUCAAUACUCUUAUUCUCGCGACAGCUUGUUCGAUUCUCGCCGUGACCUCUGCUGGUAAGCACGAUGUCUACUCUGGGUACACAGUUCACGGCAUCAAAGUCAACGAUCGCAAUGACCAAGAACUGUUAUUUAAGCUUGUUGAUUCUUUAAACAUUGAUAUAUGGGACCACGGUGUACCAGCUUUGCGGGAUGCCUUGGCAAUGGUGGGAACGGAACGAAAAGACGAAUUCUUAAAGCAAUUAGAUCUUGGAAACAUUUCUCACUAUCUUCACCUUGAAGACGUUUCUCGAACUCUAAAAGAGCACGAUUUAGAAGUUUCUUAUUGGCGAAGAAGUAAACGAGGGAGGAUACAUCCCUUCGAAGACUUUCCUCGAUACGCAGAGGUAAAUGCGUAUUUAGAGAGAAUAGCAUCACAGUAUCCUGAUAUUGUCACCUUAGUUAAUUCUGGACCAAGUUUUGAAGGACGUGAUAUUAAAUAUUUGAAGAUCUCUACAACAAAUUUCACGGAUGUCUCGAAACCGAUAUACUUCAUGAACGCAAUGCUGCACGCCCGUGAGUGGGUAACCACACCAGUUGCGCUUUAUUCCAUACACAGGCUGGUAGAGGAGAUACGGUCCCAAGAUCGAGAUUUACUGGAUAAUAUUGACUGGAUUAUUAUGCCGCUGGCUAACCCUGACGGCUAUGAAUAUUCACAUACACAUGAACGUUUAUGGCGACGCACGCGCUCCUUCAAUCCAUCCGUCAGCACAACUUGCUACGGUGUCGACGCCAAUCGCAACUUCAACGUGUCUCACAAUACCCUCGGCGUUUCCUCCGAUCCCUGUUCUAACGUUUACCCCGGUCAUGUCCCAUUCUCAGAAGUAGAAACUGGAUAUAUUAGAGAUGUGUUGCUCGAAUACGUGGAACGCAUACAAUUAUAUGUCGAUAUCCACAGUCAUGGGAAUUACAUACUGUUUGGCUAUGGAGAUACUAGUCUCCCGCUAAAUGUAUUACAUGUGCACUAUGUGGGAGCUGUGAUGGGAGCUGCAAUUGAUGCUCUCAAGUUACCUGAAGCGCGAUACUAUAUGGUUGGGAACAGUGCUUUGGUUCUGUAUGUAUCUUCUGGAAGUGCUCAGGAUUAUGGACAACUCGUGGGCGUUCCCUUCUCCUACACCCUAGAACUGCCAGGCUAUGGACAGGCAUUCACAGUGCACCCGCGAUAUAUCGACCAGAUCAACGAAGAAACAUGGCAUGGUAUAGCAGCAUCAGCGAGGGUUUCUCUUAUUCACUAUAAAGCCCGGUUCAACAACUGA